AGAUAGAGCCCAUCUCCCAUGGAAGAUACCCUAUCCUUUCCUUCAAUUCUAGUCCUGAUAUAAAUACAACCUGGCUGGUGCUGCAGGCUGCUCCUCUUUUACUCCUCUGUAACUCAUCCCAUACUCCUCUGGUGUCCAUCUUCAGACGGGCAGUAUCCUCUUUUACCCUUGAAAUAUACUCGACAAACCAUGAUGGCUAAUAGCCAACCCAUCCUACCAUCAAGUAAAUCAGAUAGAUUGGAAGCUGGUGAAUCAAAACCGGAACCUUCACCUAAUAAAGACAAUAUAGCCUCUUCCACCCACCUGCACCCCUCUCCCGCCACUUCCACAAACCCCUCUACCGCCUCUUCCACAAACCCCUCCUCCUCUUCCACCAAAUCAGUACAGAGGUUCUCAUCUCCAACAGCAGUUAAAACCUUCUCCAACACAACUACCAAACGUAAUCCCGCUACCCAUGAGUCUGGGGUUCUUCAAGGGACUAGGAAAAAGUUUGAUCCCUUGUCUACAAGUACUCCUUCCAAACCUUCAUCAAAUGGAUCGGGAGUUCCUCAAGGAAGCAAGAAAAAGUUUGCACCUUUAGCUUAUAGUACCCCUUCUAAACCUAAAGUUGUAACGUCACGUGACAAGGUGAUGACGUCACGUGGGGCUGGAUCAAGUCAAAGUGGUGUUCCCCAACUAAAAAUACCUCACGGUCCUAAACCUAUCACACCCAGAAACCUCAAACUCCAGAAUCCCAUAGAGAAUGUUAUUAAACCCAGAAAAUUCACCCCAGAAUCAGGCACAAUGAAACCAGUUUUUAGUAACGGAACUGCGGUGGGGAAAGAAAACACCGCAGAUGUUUACGAUGAUAUUGCUUCUGUAACCUCAGACAUUUCCAGUAUUAUCAGUUUGGAGUCUCCGGAUCCAACCCUAUACUCUCCAGAACCCAUUCCAAUGAUAACAGAACCGCACCACGUAACAUCAUCUCCAGAACCAACACCAGCUUCUAAAACAUCGUCUCCAGAACCAACAUCAGUCUCUAAAUCUCAGAGUUGCUCAAAUGUCAGUGUUUUACCAAGUCAGAGAAUAGAGACUUUCAUCAAGGAAAGCAAGUAUUUGUACGCCAGAACUCCUCCUAGCAGGAAACAAAAUACCACAAAUUCCAGCAAUAUUGCACGUGUAAAGAAGUCACCAUCAGAGCACAUUUUAUCAGCACGUGCGACCAGAUCAGAUAAGCGCGACAGUGGUCCCCCUCCUGUGACGUCACGGUACUCCUUACGCAAAUCACAAUCCUCUCAAAACACCGACUCUUUAAACACCUCUAAAACUAGCACCCCUAAAAACCUGUCACCGCAUCUGAAGUAUGGAAUCUUGAACGGAGUUGUACCUGAGUAUGGGCUAAGGAAAUCCAGUAGUACAUUGAAAGUGAAACCGAAUCUAGAAGGUGAAAGAGAAAGUAUUAGUGGUGUUAGGAGGUCUAGAAGUAAUGUGUCGUAUCGUGGUUUAAGGAGGUGUUCUAGUUCGCUUUCUGUUAACUCUUUAGGCUCUGACAACGGCUCUGAGUUGUCAGUGACUUGCCAGAAGCUACAGAAACAGAACGAAAAUCUACAGAAAUGUCUGACGGUCAGUCAGGACAGGGCUAUUAAGAAAAUAACACAACUCAAAGACACCACGACCUCUAUAGUGGACGAGAGAAGGGAGCUAGUGACGUCACUUCAAGAGAAAGAUGACAGAAUAGUGACACUUAGAGAGCAACUCCAGAACAUAUCUGCUAUGGGAGGCUUUUCUGAUACUGAGUCUAUAAUGAGUGAAGCUAGCGAGUACAAUGACGUAGUGACAGAGACACUCAGAAGAAGAAACUCCAAACUUAAAGAUAAGAUCAGGAGACUGGAAGAGGUGCUGUCAAAGUGUAAGAGUACGAUACAGAACGGUAUUGAUGCUACCAACUCUCUUAGCAAGGAGAAGGAGGAGCUGAAAGAGCGGUUAGAAAAGUUAGAGUUUGAAAGAGAUGAGCAGAGAGCAUGUGGUGAGGUGACGUCUAGUAACGAGAUAUUAGUGGAUAUUAGUGAUAAUACUGGAGGUCAUACCCCUACUAAUAUUAAUAGUGAGGAGUUGGGGCACAGAAUCACUGAGUUAACGGUUCAGUUAGACCAGUCCAAGAGAGACCAGGAGCUAAGAUCUCAGGAGAUAUUCCAGCUUGUAACUGAGGUGGAGAGAUACAAACAGGAUAUAAUCCAACUACAGGCCAAGGUAGAUUCCAAGUCUGACAACGUCUCGAGUGUAACAAACGAGGUGUCUGCUGCUAAAAAGAGAGUUCUUGAGUGUGAGAAUACUAUAGCACAACUCAACAGUGAUAUCAGUGUAAAAGAGAACGGUUACCUCUCCCAGUUAGAAGAGUACAAGAAAGAGACCUCAUCACUACAAGACAAGAUCAGUAAACUUAGUGCUGAUAAUGACGGACUGAAGAGGGAGCUGCAUGAUAGAGAUGUUAACAAGGCUAUGGAGCUACAAGACAGUAAGAAGGAGUACGCUGGUCAAGUAACCUUACUAAACAACAAAGUAGCAGCUUUAAAACAGGAACUGGACAGUUCUAACAGGAAACUAAAUGUUCUCAAGGACCGAGAUAGUUCACUAGAGGACCUGCUAGAGGAGAUGUCCGGUAUUAGAGGGGAACUGGAGAGAGUCAGUACCGAGAACUCUGAACUCAGACAACAGAUUAGCAGUAAGGAGGAGGAUUUGAAGCAGCAGAGUGAGCGAGGAGAGAAGGAGAUUGAACAACUUCAGAACAAACAGAGAGAGGAGAAAACGGUACAGAACACGGAAUUAGAAACACAGCUACGAUCACUUCAAGAGAAGUAUGAUUCAGAGAGGAGCGAGAAGGAGGAGUUGAAGGAGAAGGAGGAACAGUUGCAGUCUGAUAUCACCAGGCUGACUGAGCACUGUAAGAGGCUUGCUAGCGAGUUAAAUGUUUUGAACGAGGAACGAGCAAAAGAGAAGACAAACUGGGAGAAUAAGUUAGUAAAGCUAGAAGACAGUAAAAUUAGCGAAAGGGAGGCGCUCGAGGAAACUCACCGAUCUCAACUGACUCCCUUCAAAACUAAGAUCAAGGAAAUGCAAGCACAAAUUACCAAACUUCGUGAUGAUAAAGAAGAACAAGAUACGGAGAUAUCAGACCUAACAAGACACGUGUUUGAGUCCAACAGUGACUGUGCUCAAUUAAACGACGAGGUUUCUAAUCUCCAAAACAAACUGCAGAGUUGUGAGAAGAGUACUUCUCUUCUACAUGAUCAGCUGAAGACUAAGACUACUGAGUGUGUGGAUCUAGCUGAUAGUCUCUCUUCUGCUACUGAUAACCUUAAAGCUUCUCAGCUUACUGUUACUGAACUGCAGAACCAGCUUGAUAAGAUAACGAAAGAUAAGACGGUUACUGAUAAGAAGUUAGAAGAACUGGAAGUGCUUAGUAAGGAUCUGGACAAGUUAGUUGUGGAGCUGAGGAGAAAACUGAAGAACUCAGAUGAAGAACAUAAAAUGAAGAGUUCGCAGCUACAGGAAGCAAUAAACAGUGUGAUGACGGAUAGAGACAACAUAGUCAGGCAACACGCUGUUUUGCAGGAACAGCACUCUGCGUUGGAGAAAAGUCUUGAUUCUAAGGCUAAUGGUACGGAGAUACUGUCCGAACAAAACAGACUUCUACAAGAGAGAUUAAACGAGCUACAGAACGAUGUGAACUCACUGCAACAGAAGUUAGCAUCUGCUGAAUCUCAGAACAAGCGUCUGUCUCAGGAGGAGGUUAAACUGCGAGAAACACUAAAGGAAGUAGAACAACAGCAUAACAUAGUAACUGAGAAGCUGAACUCAGAGCUAUCAGAGUUAAAACAGGGACUAGACGUGUUGCAGAACGAGAAAUUAGAAAAAGAUAAAAAGUUGUCGGAACUAGCAUCAGAACGUGAUGUCAUUAGAAAAGAAUGCGAGCAAAACAAGAAGACAUUCGAAAGCGAAAAGAAUUCUUUGAGUGAGCUGCUUGAAAAGGUGAGAGGUGAUCUGAAGAAGAGUGAAGAAGAUCUGAAACACAGUAGAGGUGAGGGUGAGGUGAAGGGGGAGCAAGUCAGGAAGCUGGAGGUCAGAUUAAAGGAGCUGGAGGGAGAUAAAAAGGAGUCUAGUGAUCUACUUACCAGAACUAGGGAAUUGAAGACCGAUAUAGAAAUCAAGAACAAAUCGAUCUCGAAACUCGAAGCUGAUAUGAUAAACAAGGCAGCUGAAUUCAACUCAAAGAUAUCUUCCCUACAGAAUGAUCUGGAAUCUUCCCACACCACUUGCGAACUUCUCCGGAAACAGUGCUCCAAAUCUGAAGCUGAGAUGGAAGAAGUAAGGAAGAAAAAAGAAGAAGAAGUGAAGAAUCUGGAGUUGAGAAGAGAAGAGGACUUGAAGAUGUUCGCUGCUCAACACCAGGACGAAGUAAAGAAGCAGGAAGAACUGGAGGCUGUGUCACUAAAGCUGAAAGAAGAAAUAUCAGAAUUGGACAGGAAACUGCAGUCCGAGACAGCUAAUCAUCAAAAGGCUAAGGAAGGUUUGGGUAGAGCAAGCCAGGCUAUUGGGAAACUGAGAGGCUAUGUCAAGGAGCAGGACAAUAAGAUAGGGAAUCUCACAAAACUGAAAGAUGAACUUGAAACUAAGCACAAAGGCACAGUAGAUUCACACAACAGCUCCCUCUCUGAAGUACAAGAGUCUUACAUGUUAAAACUGGAACAGAGCGCAGAAACUGAAAACCGUCUGAAACUGGAGCUGAAGUCAGUGGGAGUGGAGCGGGCUGAGUUAAAACAGGAGAAGGAAGAGUUAGAUAACCGGGCGGAGAAGUUGAGGCAGGAGCUGGGACAGUUGAAGGAGAUCUUGAAGGAGAAGAUUGAGGAGAACAGCAGACUUUCAGAGGAGGUGGAAUCGAAUAAGAAGGAGAGUGAAGGUAACAGGAGCACGAGCGAAGAGAAAGAGUCAAGGUUAGGUCAGCUGAGUAACGAGGUGAAACAGCUUCAGAACCAAGUUGAGCACUUCAGGGGCACGGAGAAUGAUAUUAAGAGUGUAUUGGAACAGCACAGGAGUGUAAAAGGAGAAGUAGUGGAUAACGACAAUAAGAUAGUUGAGGUUAACCUCGCCCACCAAAUAAAGGACAUUUUAUUGGAUCUCAACAAACAGUUAUCUCAAGAACAAGACGAACAUAAGAAUACUGCCGAACAACGGAACCAGUUCAAGAUGAAACUGGUGGAAUUAAAAAAGAAAGCGGAAGCAAAAAUCAUUGAAAUCACAGAAGCAAAAAAGCAACUUGAGCAGCAGGUAACUCAACUGAAGGAGGAAAUUUCUGGCAAGGAAUGUAAUUCGUCCGAGUUAGCCUCGAAAAUAUCAGACUCAGAUAAGGAACGUUCAGACCUACUUCACAAAUUAGAACUCGGUGAAAAAUCGAGUAACGAACUGAGAGAGAAAUUGGCAGAACUUGAGAAGAGUCACUCUGAAAACUCUGCAAAGUUAUCGGACUUUGAAUCUUUGUUGAACGAGAAAGAGUUAGAGAAAAAGGCGCUUUCACAAAAUUUAGAGCAGUGUCUUCAGAGUAUUCAACAGAAAGAAGUUGAGAUUACAAAUCUUACUUCUCAACUAGAAGAGAUGGAAGUUAAAUUUUCUCAUGAGAUGGAACAGAAGACAGUACUUCAGGAACAAAUGAACAGCCAAUUACACAAUCUCUCUGCUACCAGCUCUGCCGAAAGAGAAAACCUUCAAAAAGAAACUGAAACUCUUCAAAGUGAAAGAGAAAACUUCGUGUCUGCCAAUUCUGAGCUUAAAACAAAAUUAGACGCGUUACAAAAAGAAAAGUGUAACCAACAAGAUGAAUUAGUAAAACUACAAACUGAAUGUUCAAAUUUGCGGGAGGCUGUCACGCACUUCAAGACUCAAUCAGGCUCUUGGCAAAAAGAAAAAGAAACUAUAUCAAGAGAAAGUGAAACUCUUCAUAAGAAAAAUGUUGAUCUAGAACAAGAAAUCAAUUCAUUGAAAGAGGAGUUGAACACAGCGAGAUCGUAUCUAGAGAAACAAGAGGGUUUACAAUCGUCUUCUUUGGAAAAUGAAGAGAAAUUAAGAUCUGAUCUGGAGUCAGCUUAUAGGGAUCUGAAGGAGAAAAACAACUCUAUUUCUCAUCUUGAAAAACAGGUCUCCUCCCUAAAAUCCGACCUCUCUGACCACACGUCAAAUCAAGAACAUCUAACUAAACUAUGUAAUGAGCUGAAGAAUAGGACCAAGCAGCUGGAGACGGUGUUGUCGUCCCGGGAGGACGAGUUUGGUGCUCUACAGCAGGAAAACUCUAGGUUAUCGUCCCAUUCUAACAACCUGGACGUUUGUUUCUCGUCCUUGAAGGAGGAGAAGAACAAGAUUGUAGAGUCUUUGUCUCAAAUGAUGUCAGAGAGAGACUCACUGGAAAGGGCACACAAAGUUCAACUCCUUGAGAUGAAAACCAAGCUAGAGAAGGAGCACUCACAAAAUGUGGAACAAAUCAACAUUGCUCUUCAGGAAAAAAUGCAGAAAGUAACACAAGAAGAGGGCCAGAUAGUAAAACUACAAACUCAGGUUAAGAAAUUGGAAUCCUUGCUAGCUGGCGCGAAAGAGGAGGCCGAUAAGGCUCAGGGAAAGUGUAGCGUCCAGGUUUCGGAGUACAGCAGUAAGUUACUAUUAUCCGAGAAGAAGUCUCACUCCUUACGAGAACAGCUGUGUGACCUUCAGGAAUCUCUUGAAUCACGUGAUCAGGAGAUCUCCAAGCUGAAGAAAGAUAAUUUAUCUGAGCUGAAUAAUAUCCGGAGAGAUACCAUUCCCAGAACUGAGCAUGACGAGAUUGUCUUCAACCUAGACAUGGCCUACAACAUGAACUUGCAGGAAACUACAGAUAAGUUGGAGAACAGAAUACAGGAACUAGAAACCCACCUUGGGGGAGAUCACGUUCCCGGAAACAGGUCUAACCCUGAGGAGACAGCCGAUCUGAAGAAACAUCUAGAAAACUUGAUUCGGAGACAUAAGAUAGAGAUUGAGACGAUCAAGAACGAGGCUAUAUUUAACGCUAACCAGGAAUAUGAGAUGAGGCUAAAACAGUGGCAGGAGUCAAACGAACAGAGACAUCUUGAAGAUGUAAACAGAGUAAUGGAAGAGAGCUCCCGAGAAAGACAGCGACUUCUCAAAGAAGUUGAGAUUCUGAAAGACAGAAAAACAGACAGACCUACAGACCGACCACUCCCCGGUUACAAUAUCUCAGCAGGGAGAAUAUCCAUAUCAAGUGACUAUAGCGAGGGGUAUAUGUUGGAGAGUGAGUAUGAUUACUUGAAGGAUGUCAUGUAUAAAUAUCUGAAGGGUGAGCACACUGACCAACUUCUGAAAGUUAUUCUGGCCGUUUUAAAGUUCUCUGAGAAGGAAAAGUCUGAGAUUCUCCGCGGAGGAAGCACGUGAGGAUUAGGUUCUGAAGUUAAAUAUUCUGCGGAGUUCAGCGGAGUGAAUUAGUAUUUGUGACAUAAAUUCUGGUUAAAGAAGUAGCUUUAUUAAAUACCAUUGUUGGUUGACUUCAAAUUAUCGUUACUCAAUGAUAGCAAAGUCAGUAGAUCUGGUUUCAAGUCCGUGGUUUCCUGAAGAAGAAUCAGAAACUUGACUCUUGGGUUUCUGGCUGUUCUAAUUAAUGUUGAUAAAUUAUAAAUUAUUGUUGCAGGCAACAAUAACGCAAGUUAAUGUUAAAGCAUGUACAUUUGUCGUUGAUGAACGUCAGUCAUUUUUUAAUUUAUUUAAAGUUUUAACCAUCGUACAGUUGUGGGAAAUUUAUUUAUAAAUAGCCUACAGUUACACAAAUAAAAUUUAAUCGAUUGGUCAUGAUUUGGACAUUGAAUUACAGUAGUUUACCUUACUGCAGCAUUUUACGGCAUGCAUUUUUCUCUCAAAAGUGGUAACAUUUUGUGUUAUCAUAUUGGCACCAAAUUUUAUCACUUUUAAAAGGAAAUUUCAAGCCGCAAAGUGCAUAGUAAGGCAAUAACCUGCAGGACUAAGCUUUAAUCACUUCAUUGUUAAUAAUUAUUUGAGGUUACGGAUUGUUAGAUUGCAUGCUACAUGCGUAGUUAUUACGUUUGAGUUUGAUUUUAUUUCAAAGUUGUGCUUAAAUAUCCGUGUAAAUAUGAUUAAUGCUAUAGUGUGUUCAUAUAUUGAUAAAUAGUUUAAGAUUAUGAUUUUGCCUGAUUUAUGUGAAAAUAUAACGCAUUAGUUUUUCUGGAAUAAUUUGCAAUUUUGUUUUGAAAGAAGAUAA